AUGUGGGGAUACCUGAAGAAAUCCUUACUGACAACGAUACCCAGUUCACAAGUUAUAGAUGGACUGAAUUUGCAAAUCAGUAUGAAAUUGAUACAAGAAAAACAACACCCUAUAACCCUCAAUCCAAUCCUGUUGAGAGAGAGACUUAAAUGGGAACGUGCCUACAACACUAGAAGAUUAAGACCAGAUAGAGAUCCGAAACUCAAGUCACAGGAGCUUAUACUACAAAAGGAACAACAAGAAUAUAAAUCAAACCAUGGUUCACCACAAGCUAGUGAAUACGAAUACGACGAAGAUAACGAUUCUCAAGCCUACGAAGAGAUACCAGACGUCGAACAAGACGAGAUUGAUGAAAACUUCGAAGAAGAUGAUUACGAUUAUCAUUCAGAAGUAGAACAAUAUGAAGAUUAUGCAUCACAAACUGAUGUAGAAGAAAAAAAUGAAUACGAAUGUGAGGAGAACCCACUUCAAUUAGAUAAGGAUCAAUCAGGAUCUGAAGAUUAUGAUUAUUUCACUCCACAGGACGAAAGCGCCGAAGAAAGCGUGCAAUAUUUAUCAUCUACAGAUGAAAAAGAUGAAAAUAAAGAAGACAAACAGCAAAAUAAUAAUCACAAUAGUGAUGAAGAUAAUCAAUCAAGUUUUGAUGAAUAUGAUCCCAGAGGAGAAUUAUUCUUGGACGAAUUUCCUAAUUGGAAUCAAAAUGAGAUCAUUAAUGAAGAACAAAAUGAUGAAGAAGAAACUUCAUCACAAAACUACAAGAUUGUACCAAUAAGGGCACAGCAUCCAACGUUGAUAAAAAGAUACAUUCAUGAAACACAAGGAAGCCACAGUGUACCCUUGAAAUACAAAGAAACCUACGAAAAUAAAAAUAUCCAUGCUUCAAUUAGUGCAUCAAGAUACUCCACAAGAAAAGGAACCACUCACGUAACAAUGGAACGCGAAAUUAGAAUGUGUAUGCUAUCUAUAAAUGAUAUACUGAAUACACAAGAAAAAACUACAGAAAACAAUAAAAAGUUAAUUGAAAAAACAAUAAACCACAAGAGACCGCAGGAAGAGGUCGAACUUAGAAACGCACCUACUAAAAAGCAAAAAAUAAAAGAAUUUCCUACAAAAAUCGAAUACUUACCACAAGAAGAUGAUAGUGUCACAAGCACAAUCGUCACUUACACUAAAGAUAAACCUGAAACAAAAAACAGGGGUCUAAUCAGCCUAAUGGACAAACCAACCAUCAGGAACAAAGAUGAUUACCUAACUAAUGAAACCAAUGAAGAGAAGACACAAGUCACGAAGAACAGGACAUCAGAUGUUAAAAUGUUAGUGCCAAUACCAAAAAAGCCAGCUGACCUGAAACAACAAAACAGAGUAAGGUUAGAACAAUCAAAAAAAGAUAAAAUAUUAAACAAAAUACAAAUAUUGGCUGUAAAGAAAUAUAAAAAACUACAAAUUAAUCAACCACAAGUAAAAACCUUAUAUGAAAAUCAAAUCUUGAAAACGAAUACCUUAGAUAACGAACAAAAUGGCCAAAAUAACAUUAAUUCAGCAAAAGAAUCACAGAAACAAAUUGAAUGCAUCAAAAACCAAUAUGAAUCGCAUCACCAGACUUUAAAUUGCGAUACAAGCCUUAAACAAAUGUCACUAGAUGACAAGAUGGCGUCAACACCGAAUCCGGGGUGUUACAAAACGCAGACAUCUAGCAAACAAUAUAUUCGCAGAUUUAAUCAGCUAUCGCACAUGGGCAGCUACACAAUACAAACAAGUAGCCAGCAAAAGAAUAAUCAAACGAAAAAUCCAAAUGCAACCAUGGACCCUGAACCACCAUAUGGUCCUGAUUGGUACAAUCAGCUAUCCGAACGUGAAGAAGAAAUUCACCAGGAGGCUAAACGCAGGAAGGAAUGGAAAAAUAUCAUCCAAAACAAGCGUAAAAGAAUGAAGACAUUAGAAAUCUUUAUUAACCGAUCAUCACCAAUUAGUGAGGACGAUCAAGUAAGUGAUAAUAUAUUAAAGGAAGAAGAAGAAUGGGAGAACAAAUAUCAACAAACCAUUCAAAAGUACUAUGAAGAAGAUAACCAGAAGUACAGACUAAUUGAUAAAUUUGUUACAACCGACGAAAACAACCAACCGACACACGAGGUGAGUGUAACAAUUAACAUCAAGGAUAUAAGACAAGACAAGAAUAAAAGACCGAGGGAAUGCAUAAUAAAUUAUAAAAUAAAACGCCAAACCGCCACCAGAUCAUAUGGUCUGGGAGAAGAGGUUAAGGAAACACAACAAAUGCGAACUGACAACAAAAUCACAGUGACUGCUGAAUCUGCAGCAAUAAUACAGACUACCACAAUGCAAACAGCAUAUUUAACCAAUGUAAAAUCACCAGCAUCAAUACUCACAGAUGCAAAAGCAGAACAUUCCGUAAUAGAAGAAGCAAUCUCGUCUUUUAUCAUAGAAACAAUAUCAUUAUUGGAUGAUGACGAAGAAAAUGUGCCACCUAAGCAUAAACCAACAACAACAAAUAGCCAUGCAGAUGCCAAAAAGAGAGACGCUGACGGCAAAUUUAUUAAAAAUAAACCCGAAACCACCAAUCUACAGACACCAUCACAAAAAAUUGUUCACAAAAAAGUUUUGAUGAACAAUUUGACGGGAAAAUUGCAACCGAGGGUCACAGUGGCGCUGGAGAGGCUUGGCCGUGCAGCAACACCGGAACCACCGUUGAUCGAGCAACAAAAGUUGGACAACGUCGACUCACAGAAGGAAGGCGGGCUCCCGAGCGGACAGUUGAUUCAAAUGAUCUCCAAUCGAGGGAACAUCCCGGGGAGUGGCAGCAGCAUCGAGGAGCCUGUGAGGAUGCCAGCAAGGUCACCGCAGAGCGAGAAUACCAAUUACGAUUAG